AUGGGCUCAAUGGAGUUCGUCCAGAUUGAACUAUUCGGGAGUGAUGUUAGUCCGACGCUGUUUUCAGCAGCCAAAAUCAGAAAAUACGAAGCACUUUGCAUUAUGGCGCAUAGGUUAUACAACAAGUCCCAGGAUGCUUUUGAGAACGCUGGAGGAUACACUACAAGCACUCCGAACGACUUAAUGACGGUAUUGGCCGAGUUUGUGCCUCGUAACCAAGAGCUGUCUGCAACACUCGAGAGGAUCACCACCGGAAACGAUGCUGCCGCCCGUGAAGGCAUUGUGCCUAGCAGUAUCACUGACGCUGGAGACAACGCUACCAGCGCCAAGGACACUUCCGAUGACGACAAUACUGUUAAUGACAACCGAGAUAUCUUUGGUAUUAAUGCCGUUGCCGACAUGAACACCGGUGCCGCUAGCAUCAACACCAGAGGUCUUCGUGUUACUCCCCAGAGGAACAGACGGCCUGGUAUGGUCAUCCUGAAGUUUACACGCCCCGGUGCCCUUGCUAAGUUUGCCGAAGGUCUCAACCCCAUUACCAACACAACUGAAACCCUUACCAUUCCUGUUAACAGUCCUUCACACCGCGCGGGAAAGCGCACUGGGGAUAAUAACAGGAGCUCGAGGCCCCACAAGCGACGAAAACCGCCUCCUACUCGUCCAACUCAAAGUAUUAUGGACACUAUCAUAGGAUACGGUACCAAUCGCAAUUCGAAGGACACAACGCGGCUGGUAGUUGGAAGCCUGACCUCAACGGACGGCACCGAACGUGCUGUCUACGCUUCUAGAAGUCGUGAAACGAUAAAAUACAGCCUCUCCCGCUACGACAUGCAUGGCAAUUUUGUAGGGCUGCCACGCUCACACAAUGUGGGUUACGCUGAAGUCAAUUUUUUCCGGGACCUAGCCCGGUUACACACAGAAGAGGCCAUCAAAGUUAAAGUCAUUCGCCAAAUUCAAAAGCUGGAAGAUAUGAGAAAGAAUGACCUUGUCAUGAAUCCCGAUGUGCCUCCAUCGGCUGGACAAAUACCAUCAACCGAUGCACCUGCAAGCAAGAAAGUACCCAUCGAGGCAGACAAAAGCACGGUUUUCUCACCUACCACUGUCCAGAGAUUCCAGGCGCGCCCGGAUGGCAGAUAUCUUGUAGGGGUUAUGAAAUCUCCCCUGCCGAAUCGAGAUAGGCUCAAUGCCGUCACAGUCACUCGCUUCAGAGGCGACAGAAAUUCCCGCGUUACUAUGAUACACGAAGAUAUCUAUGGCACAAUAAUUGAAGAGAUUCCGGGGAGUAGGCCGCUAAAUGGCGGUUUAGUCUACGAACAUGAAAUGACUCUACUACCGGCAUACAAGGACUUCGAAGGCCGACCAGAUAAGGAACUUCGGGAUGCGAUCAUGCAGCAUGCGACCGGAAUUCACUCGACUUCAGAGGAAAGUCAAGCUCUGGACGAUCAAGGAACUGACAGUAGUCUGUCAGAUGUUGUCCCUUCUUUGGAUCACACUCCCGAAUCCUCUCCCCCUCACCCAGGCACUGAGAGUGAGUUGCCGGUUCCUGAGGUCACUGAAGAGGCCGAUCCGUCUCAGGAGCUACCUCCUCCUCAAGUUGACCUGAUCACACCAUACUCGGUAGGAACGGUUGCUGAGGUACUUCGCGAAUACAUUACAGAGAGCCUUCCGGAGGGUACCAAGUUCAAAUUCAAGGUCUUCGUCUACCUCUAG